UUUUAAUCAGACUUAUUUGUAAGCAUAUCGAAACAAGGACUAUCUCAUUCAAACAAUAAGUGAUUUUAUCCGAGACUAAAGGGCGCUUUGUCAAUCGUUUUUUUCUUCCAAAAUACCCUUUUUAAACAGUUCGUAAAUUAUAAAAUUGAAUUGGCUAGUAUAAGAUUUGUCACCGCGCCAGACCGUACAAGCCAACGGAGACUUUUACUUCCUGAUUGCUGGUUUGAAAACAUGCUAGGGACUACACGCUUGUCUCAGUCCACUGCUGCGGUGUUCAACAAGUAUCACUUCUUAUAGUAUUUAAAAUAUAUUGAAUUAAAUAAAUGUAAGUGGCAUUUUGCAUGGACUUUGUGUAAGAGGACAUAAUUAGCCAGCCAAUAUGUGGGUGAAAGUAUGCGGGCUGUGCAUUGGUGUUAUGUUUGUUCUAAGCCUUGCAUUGGUGCAGAAUGUAUCGGCACAGAAUUGGAGUGGACAGUUGAUAUCCUACCGAGAACAGGUUGAGACCGUGUGCAGUAGAUGUCUCUGUCAAUACUGGUGGGGCUGUUCCCAAUGGCGAAACUACAGAUGCUGUGCAUGGGUGACAAAAUAUAGAUGUGCCAACGGAUGGACGCAUAAUGGAAACAAGAACUGCACUAUACCAAUCUGCAGUCCAAGGUGUAUGAAUGCCGGAGAAUGUAUUCAACCAAACAUUUGCGAUUGCAAGGGGUUAGCAAAUGGACCAUAUUGCGCUACAGUGAUAUGUUCACGAGACCAUCCAUGCUACCCUGGCGACUGCUACGAUAGCAACAAAUGCAGCUGUACAGAAGGAUUCAAUAAAACGACAGAGGCUAUACUGACAGAGCCCGGAUGUAUGAAAAUUGACACCACGAACAAGCCUUUCAUUGGUCGUUCUACCACGAUCAUAUCGUAUAGACGGGACACGAGCAACGAAGAUCUCUACAACUUCCUACUUGACGCCACGGAUGAAACCCUGAGCAACACUAUCGUUUGGAGCAACCAGCAAACAUUCAACUAUCUGUCGUUCGAAUUCGAAACUCGCUAUGUGGAACCUUCUCAAAUGCCAGAAAGGCCUACAUACGUCCAUUCAUUUGAGUAUGGCAUCAUAGGGGCUGAAGUGAACGUCAUGGUGUAUAAUUAUUUGAACAUGAGUGCCGGUGACAGGGGAAAAUAUGACUUCACCUGUCCUGGAGUAUCCCAAAAUGGCCCCGAACAAUUGUUCAACUGCACAAUUCGAUAUGAGAAGUUCAAAACACUUAUAGAACACGGGGACAAAAUGAAGGUUACAUUGACGGCGAGAAGCGGCGGUUAUCGUCAAAUGACUUACAACAACCAAUUAUUAACGAGGGAAUAUCUGAGGGGUGAAUCAUACCUGAAACAUAUGGAGUUCAAGUUCGAUUUUGAACCAGCUCAUCAUUGCAGCAGUAACUACUCAAAAGUUGUCUGUCCCACAGAAGCAACUCCAUUACGGGUAACGGAGGAAUUUACAAAUAGACCAAUUCGUUUGGAAUGGAAAGGCUGGGAGGAUUCUGACAUCUACACAGCGGGUGUUGGAAUGUAUUACCUUGAGCUUCAUAAGCUAGAAACGAAAGAUGCCACUCAGGAAUUAACAGAAACCAACCCAGUAGAACCAAUGGCGGAAGGAUACGUUAAUCAUGAAGGCGGAAGAAACUCACAGGUCCUUCAUACUUUUUCAUUCACGCCAACUGAGCCUGGGAUGUACAGCAUUUUGAUGGAGGUGCGUGACAAUGCCAACAACUCAAUCAUUGCCAGACGGUUUGCUCUGUACGAUCCAGAUUCCACAGUAACAACUAACCCUAGCAACCUGCUUGGUGUUCACAUAACAACCGCCACACCAGAGACUGGUUAUAAGUGGCAGUCGAAAACAAACACGGUGAGGGUAGACUGGACGAACUUCUUCAUGAAUAAGCUGCAUCAUAAUGGACGACUCCUGAAUCGAAUAAAGAAGUUCCCAACACAGUUUAGUGACAUGGAGAAAAUUGGUGUCCGUAACGUUGCAAAGUUUGUAUUUGACUCUUAUGAUGACACAGAGGGCGCACGAACCAAAGAACGGAUCCCUAAUGUUCUUGGAAUCGUCAAGUUUGAAUACGCACUGCAAACACAUCAAUCUGAAGAACAGUUUAUAUGGAACAACGCCAAUCUACAGCAGUCAAUUUCUCUCAACAUCUUUGUUGACAAUGGUGACAGUGUUACAGUUAGAGUCCGUGCGUAUGACAUACUUAAUCGAACCCUGGAGGAACAAACUACAAUCCAUAUUGAUAGCACGCCGCCAUUAGCAGUUGACAAACCCCUGGAAAAUAAAACGUCAAAGUUCUAUAAAAAUACUGGACAAAAAGAAGACUUCCAUACAAGCAGUUACGACUUCUACGCCAGUGACCCUGAAAGUGGGGUGUACGUGAUACAGGUUGACAUUGCUAUCACCAUGGAGAAUGUGGGCACUGUGCGGUCUCUGUCCAAAACUCUCAAUGCUAGCCUGGCUAAGGACGUACCGUUUAAUGACACGGGGUGCGUUCCAACGUUAGACACGUCAACGUGCUUCUACGAGCACCAGCAAAUCGUUUUUGAAAACUGCUGGUUUAUGAGCCCAAGUAAGGACUACCUUCUGUUCGCCGGGGCUGAUGUCUCCCUCACAAUCUUCAACCAAGCCCGACUAUCUGUGAUCAAACAGUUCAAGAUUCCAAAACUGUAUGAACUUAAAGGACUUGAACGAUACACUGGUCCGGAGAAUGUGACGAUCGUUAAUCAGCGACCAGACAGUUUUAGAAUCCAGUGGGACGUCCCUGAUGUGCAAUCCUGCUACGGAAGUGCUCCGAUCAUAAUCUACGUUAAUCUGAAGAAUAGCGCUGGUGAAGAAACAAGACUGGAUUAUCAUCUGUCAAGCUUCACUCGAUAUUUAGACGUCGCUAACUUACUUCCUGACACGGAAUAUUCCGUGUCCUUUUUCACACAACUUGGAGAAUCACAGGAAGACAUGAGUGAACAGUUUGCUUCGAUAUCUGCCAGAACCGCGGAAAAAGACGAUGGGGGUUCAAGCACUGGCCUGAUCGUUGGAGUAGCACUCGGCGUGAUUGUUCUCUGUGUAAUUGGCAUCGUUGUCGUUGUCGUACUGGUCCGGAAGGGUAUCAUCGCACCGCAAAAACGAAUGGAAAAUACGCGCAUCGGACGUGCAGUCACCAGGAGAUACAGACAAACGUUCCACCACCAGAGACACGACGAAAGUCAUCACAAUCCUGGCUAUGGUUAUAACACGAAAAACACUACUUAUGACAACAAUCGUCCGUUUUCGGAGGAGAUUUACUACGCUGGAGGCUCCGUUGACGUUGACGCCGUACACGUGUCGCUGUUAUCUAGACAAGAUCUAACGCUUGACGCACUCAUAAAACAGGGCCGCUUCGCUAUGAUCUAUAAAGCAACUCUGUUUCAAGGAAAGGGGAGCGAAAUCGUUGUUGCUAAAACCUUAAAAGAGAAUUUUACUGUGGAAGACGAAAAUCUGAUGAAAGCAAAGAUGAAUUUCCAAGGCAAUUACGUGGGCGAUCACCCAAAUAUUUUGAAGUUUAUGGGUGCUGUGACUGACGACCCUGCUUUGGGUCCAUUCAUUAUCCACGAAUACUGUGAGAAUGGUCCUCUGAGGGACUACUUGGUGGCCAAGAGAAGCAACGUUACCAUUGAACUGCAAGACAAUCUCUUCAGGUUCGGCCUCGACAUCGCCAAAGGAAUGGAAUAUCUUGCUGGAAAGCGGAUCGUUCACCGGCGGUUGGCAGCAAGAAACAUCUUGCUCACAUUCCUGAACGAGGUUAAGAUCACUGGGUUUGGACCCCAGCCCGUCCAUGGAGAAGACACAAACGACCAGGAGGAGAAUAUUCCCAUCAAAUGGGUUGGCCCAGAAUGCAUGAAGUCGACAAAGGACGCCACGGAGAAGAGCGAUGUCUGGUCGUAUGCUGUCACUCUGUGGGAAAUAUUCUCACUGGGCCAAACGCCGUACGGUAAGACUCAAAGCCGAGAGGUUCCGAAACAGUUGAAGAGAGGAACUAGGCUGCAAAAACCGGAGCAGUGCGAUGAUACUUGGUAUGCAGUUAUGACCAGGUGCUGGGCGUAUAAGGCGGAGGAGAGACCAACUUUUGAGGAAAUCCGCGGAGAAUUGGACGAUCUGUUCAUGCCGAAAGAUGGGUUGGCUGACACCUAUUACUAUUGCAGAAAAUAAACAUCAUAACUGUUUUUCAUUACAAAAUGUUCGUGUGUACUUGUAAAUAUUUAAUUGAUCAUUCACAAGGAUGGUGAGAUGGACAACUAGUUUUUAUGCUGAAAAUAAGCUUCCAAACUGUUCUGUAAUAAAACUGUCCGUGUGUUCUUUGUAAUACUUAAUUGAUCAGUCCCAUAGAUGUUCAGUCAGACACCUAGUACUUUUGCAGAAAAUAUGGUUGAUAUGCACAUGUAUAUACUAACAUACUAACAACUGUGUUAUUGUGCGUAUGACCCAGGUAUAAUAAAGCUAGAAUUCAAAUAUGUAUUUUAAACAUUAUGACCCUUGUAUAUGUUAAAGGAAUAUGUCUUUGUUUUGUUUAUUUUGGCAUGAAUAACUGUUUUUAUUUGCAAUAUGAUUUCAUGAUUUAUACAUUUAUUAUAAUGAUGAAAUUUAAUACUUGGCUGAUAACGGGUCAAGCAGAAAAUAAUAUCAGUGUAUAUAGAUUUUUUUUUAAAAAUGCAAUUUUUACAUUUUUAAAUCGAACACAUAUAUGUAUUCACUAUUAAUAGUAUACGCAUGUCAAUGUCAUACAUAUAGAACUAUCACAUAACUAGGUUCGUCGAACAUUACUGUUUCCAAGCUGUUCCAAGAUGUAUGUCUAACAUGAUGUUUGUACCUUUACAAGCAUUUAUAUAUAUAUAGAGAGAGAGACGUUAUUUUACAAUGAUUCUUGAAACUAAAAAAACACUAGAGCCAUUGCAAGGUGGUGCUGGCAAUGUUUCACUUAACUGUCACUGAACAUUCUCCUUACAUCAAGGACUUCUGUUGGCGAGUGUGUGCUUUCAGGGAUCUCAUACUCAAGUUAUUAAUGCAAACUUGCUUUGAAUGUUGUUAAUUUUUAUAUUUCUUGUGAUGUAUAAACUUUACAUAAAUGUAUUUGCAGUACAUGUAAUAAACUACAACUCUUUUCUCUGAAAACCAGAUAUAGCGAAUACAAAGGCUUGCAUCAAUUUUUAACUAUAUUACAUAAAGAGAACAAAAAGAGCGUGAGACAGAUCUCAUGUGUAAUAUGAUACAUUUAUGCAAUGAAUAAUUAUUUCACGACAGCAUUGACAGCUUUCUUGAUUUUAUUUCUUUUCCCCAAAAUACUCCCUCUCUUUUCACAAAAUAACGGAGUCCUUCCUUUCAAAAAACAUAAAUCUUAUAACGUCCAGCGCUACUGAAAAAAGUUGCUUUACAUUUUAACCUGUGUUAUCACCCAAAACUAUUUUUAUACGGAAUAAUGAUUAAAAUUGUGCAUGUUUCCUUGUUGAGUGUCCUGCAGCAUAGGUAUUAUGUUGUAUUGUAUAGUGUUUGAAAUAUUAAAUACUACUACUACUACUAAUAAUAAUAAUGAUGAUGAUAAUAUUAAUAAUAAUAAUAAUAAAUAUAUAUUUCUA